CUUCAUAAUCACUCUUUCCUCUACUUUCCCCUGUUUUCAAGAACCCAAAAAUAGCUCAAAAAACUCCCCAAGAAAACUCAAAACACCAUGAGAACUAGCAACCAUUUGAUAGGUCUACUAAACUUCUUCACUUUCUUAGCAUCAAUACCAAUAUUAGGUGGUGGUAUAUGGCUAAGUAGUAGAGCAAACAACACAGAUUGUUUAAAAUUCCUUCAAUGGCCACUAAUAGUAAUUGGUGUUUCCAUUAUGGUUGUUUCAUUAGCUGGUUUUGCUGGUGCUUGUUAUAGGAACACUUUUUUAAUGUAUCUUUACCUAUGGGCUAUGUUCUUAAUUAUAGCUGCUUUAAUAGGUUUUGUUAUAUUUGCUUAUGCUGUUACUGAUAAAGGGUCGGGUCGACCCGUUAUGAACCGGGCAUACUUGGAGUAUUACUUGCAGGAUUAUUCAGGUUGGUUAGAAGAAAGGGUUAAAAGCCAAAGUUAUUGGAUGAAGAUUAGUAGUUGUAUUAGGGAUUCACAUGCUUGUGGUAAGACAAGAAGGAUUUAUAAUGGAAUUCCUGAGAGUGCUGAUUUGUAUUAUCUCAGAAAACUUAGUCCUAUUGAGUCUGGUUGCUGCAAGCCUCCUACAGAAUGUGGCUAUGUUUAUCAGAAUGAGACGGUUUGGAUUCCAGGAGGAGGGCUAGUUGGAGCUGAUCCAGAUUGUGUUAGAUGGAACAAUGAUCAACAACAGCUCUGCUACAACUGCGACUCUUGCAAAGCUGGUGUACUGGCUAGUCUAAAAAAGAGUUGGAGAAAGGUAUCUGUCAUCAACAUUGUCAUAUUGAUCAUCCUAGUCAUCAUGUAUAUGGUCGCCAUCGCAGCAUUUAGGCACAACAAACGGAUGGAUAACGACGAGCCUUAUGGAGAAACCAGGAUGGAGAAGGCUCAACCUAGCAGGAUACACUUCUAAAAUGCUUGAAAUGUAUUUUUAUGUGUGAUAAGUUUAGUAAUCUUUUUUAGAAAGAAACAAAAUAUGCUUUGUUUAUACUUCUACUUGUCAUUUUCUUCCCAAGAAAACAGACUGUAAAUCUUGUAUUGAUUGUGGUUUAUGUUCAUUUAAUUCCAAAACUUAAGUAGUUUUAUGAAGCAGGUUUUGAUCC